GGGCUCCCGGGGGCGGGGCCCGUGCUGCUCCGGCGCCUGCAACUACUUUCCCGGGGCGGCGGCGGCGGAGCCGGUCCAGGUCCCACGCGGGACAUGCUGGAGCUGCUGUUCCAGUCCCUGCUGUUACUGCUGAUUUCCAGUGUGUGGCCUGCCAAGCUCUGGGCGAGCAGAUGGUGUUGAAGAAAACCUCAAAUAUUUGGAAGGUUCGAUGGGAUAAAACAUGAAGAGCUUGAAAGCAAAGUUCAGGAAGAGUGACACCAACGAGUGGAAUAAGAAUGAUGACCGGCUGCUGCAGGCUGUGGAGAAUGGCGAUGCAGAGAAAGUGGCUUCGCUGCUGGGCAAAAAGGGAGCCAGUGCCACCAAACAGGAUAGCGAGGGCAAAACUGCUUUUCACCUGGCUGCUACGAAAGGACAUGCAGAAUGCCUCCGGAUUAUGGUGACACAUGGUGUGGAUGUGACGGCACAGGAUGGUGCAGGCCACAGCGCUUUACAUCUAGCAGCAAAGAACAGCCACCUUGACUGCAUCAAGAGGCUUCUUCAGUCUAAAUGCCCAGCAGAUAGCACCGACAACUCUGGCAAAACAGCUUUACAUUAUGCAGUUGCAUGUGGCUGCCUUCCAGCAGUUCAACUUCUGUGUGAGCACAAGUGUCCAAUCAAUGUUAAAGAUUCGGAUGGGAACAUACCUCUGCUUCUUGCAAUACACAAUGGCCAUGCUGAGGUAUGCAGACACCUUCUGGAUCAUGGAGCAGACAUCAACUCCAGGGAUAAAAAUGGAAGAACGGCUUUGAUGCUGGCUUGUGAAGCUGGUGGUCUUAACACUGUGGAAGCCUUAAUCAAAAAAGGUGCAGACUUCAACCUGGUGGAUGCCCUUGGACACAACGCCCUCCAUUACUCUAAGCUCUCUGAAAAUUCAGGGAUUCAGAGUCUCCUCCUUGCAAAGAUCUCUCAGGAUGCUGAUACAAAAUCACCAACAAAACCAAAGCAGCAUGAUCAAGUCUCUAAAGUAAGUUCAGAAAGAAGUGGAACUCCAAAAAAACGCAAAGCCCCACCUCCUCCUAUCAGUCCUAUCCAGUUUAGUGAAUUGUCCUCUCCACGUUCAGCAACUUCAACUCCAAUGGCUGGAAAAGGACAGGCAUUCUUUGAUGAACGAGCAAGCAAGGAGGAGAUCAGCUCCAUACAGAGAGAUAAGGAUAGGCUGAGUGACAGCACUACAGGUGCAGAUAGUUUACUAGAUAUAAGUUCUGAAACUGAUCAGCAAGAUCUACUUCAACUGUUGCAAGCAAAAAUUUCCUCUCUAACAUUACGCAAUAAGGAAUUGCAAGACAAAUUACAGGGAAAAGAACUUAGAGAAGCUGAUAUAGAUUCUACCCUAGAAUCUUAUAAUUCCACCCAAACAGAGCUUGAUCAAUCAGCAGACAGACAGAGUGAUAGCUCAGCUCAGGAGCCAAAAUCUCCUUCUUUAAAUGAAACACCAACUUAUGAGAAAUCAACAAGCAACAAUGAAGAAAACUUCAAGCAUCUACAAGAAGAUUUAAAGGCUUUGCAGAGAAAAUUAGAAAAUUCUGAAGCAAAAAGGAAACACUUAGAGACACAGCUUCAAUCUAGAGUACCCGAAACGAUCCAUUUAAACAGCACAGAAAUUUCAGAAAAUGGCUCUGAUCUUAGCCAGAAAUUCAAAGAAACCCAUACUAGGUAUGAAGAAGCUAUGAAAUUGGGCCUUGUUUCUUCUGAAAACAAAGAUACUUGCUCAGAGCUCAAUGUCUUGAAGGCUACAUGUGAAGAAAUUGAGGUGCUAAAGCUAAAACUCAAGAAAGCAUUAGAGGAAAGGGAAAGUUAUAAAGAGAAAGUGAGAGAGCUGGAGACAAAACUUGAAGAAAGAGAGCAGAAUGUGGGUAGCAGAAUGUCUGUGGAAGAAUGUGAGGAAAUAAAAAAUUCAUACUGUUUAGUUAUUGAGAAUAUUAACCAAGAGAAGGCUUUGUUGAUUGAGAGGUAUAAAGAAGGGCAAGAAGAAAUCAAAAGGCUACAAGACAAGUUGAAAACUCAGGUGCAGUUGGAAACUAGUGAUGAAGCUGGGGAGAUUAAAGAAGCACAGGCCAGAAUGAUAGAUGAGCUAAACAGACAGGUUAGUGAGUUGUCUCAGUUAUAUGAAGAUGCACAAACAGAGCUUGAAAGCUACAAGAAAGGAAAAGCUCUGGAGAAUGUAGCUUUGGACUAUGUUCCUAGAGAGGAGCACGAGAAACUAAUGGAGUUAGCAAAUUUAUUGAAAGAUAAAGCUGAGAAUGAAUUGUCUGAAAUGAAGUCACAGUACACAAAAGUGGUAGACGAAACAGGGCAACUGAAGCAGUUGAUAGAUGCUCAAAAGCAAAAUUCGGUAGCAACUGCUGAACACCUGCAGGUGGUGAAUGCUCUCAGGAGUGCAGCAGAGGAAAUGCAGGAAGAAAUAAAUGAGCUUAAAGAAAAGCUUAUUCACAAGGAAACUGAGAUAGGAAAACUACAGAAGGAAUUAUUGGAAGAAAAAGCUGCAGUUAACGAAGCAAUGGUACCCAGAACUUCAUAUGAAAAACUCCAGACGUCAUUAGAAGGUGAAGUAAACGUGUUGUCAUCCAAACUGAAGGAUUUAAUGAAAGAGAGAGAAAAUUCAGCCUCAAAUGUUGCACAAUUAAAAAAUCAAGUUUUGCAGUUAAAAGAGGAAAAAGAAAGCAUUCAAACUCUACUUCAAGCAAAGGAGCAAGAAAAAAAUGGACUUCAACAAAAGUUCCACCAAGCUCAGGAAGACCUUCUGGAAAUGAAAAAAUUCUCUGAAAGUUCAUCCAAACUAGAAGAAGACAAAGAUAAAAGGAUCAGUGAGAUGUCCAAGGAAGUUAGCAAAUUAAAGGAAGCAUUGAACAGCCUCUCUCAGCUUUCCUACUCAAGCAGUGCUCCCAAACGACAAAGUCAACAGCUGGAGGCCUUACAGCAACAAGUGAAACAGUUACAAAAUCAGCUGGCUGAGACAAAGAAACAACAUCAGGAAAUCGUAUCAGUUUAUAGGAUGCAUCUUCUCUAUGCUGUACAGGGUCAAAUGGAUGAAGAUGUCCAGAAAGUGCUUAAGCAGAUUUUAACAAUGUGCAAAAGUCAGUCACAAAAAAAAUGAAGCACUGGUUUUAAGGAUUCCUGAUAUGCUGCCAUGGUGUUUAUCUAGAUUCACCUUAACACACGGUUUAAAAAUGGCAAUCUGCUGCUUUUUUUUUAGUGAUCAGAAUUUGUCAUUUGUCUCUGCCACUUUUGUUAUUCAUCAUAUGCACUGGGACCCAAACCAUCUCCGCCAAGUUUUUGAAGCACUGUUUUCAUAUCUAAAAUGCAAGCAGUUUUGUUUCAAAGUUAUUGCUCCUUUGGCUGCUCCACCUUGUAAGUGUGGUUUAGAAGGGCUUAAAAUGUACUUCACAGCUUCAGUUCAUGGAGGCUUCCAUAUGAAAAGUCCAGGUUCCAGCAUGCAGCACUCCAUCUGGAUCUGAAUCAUCACACACCUUGGGACAAAGUGAAGUUCUCCAUUCUGAGGCCUGUACCUUUUUUACAGGCUGCACCUUGAAAUUGAAAAGGAUGGGAGUGCUUUAGUCAGCUCCAAGUUGUGACUAAUGUUCAGGGUAUUUUGCCAGAUGCAUCUUCUAAAUGGGCAAAAUUUGGUCAUCCCAUAGCAGUGAGAAAAAGCAGAUCUCUUUACUUAAUUUUUCUUGGUGAGACAGAGCAUCGAACAACUAAAUCUGUUUUUAUAGUUAGUGAGAUUAACGUGGGCCACAGGUUCCCCAGAUCUGUUGUAUACACCAACUGUGUAAAAUGUAGUCUGUACUUCAUAUUUUAUGGAAUUGCCUUGAUAUCAGAUGUUAGUUGGUCACAGGAAAAACAAAAUCAGUUAAAGUGGUAAAAAUAUUAGUCAUUUGAACCUCAGAAGUGCUCAACAAAACAACCUUUUACAAUAGGUCAAGCUAUCUAUGCAAAUGCUGUUGGCCAUGGAGCUCAGGAAAAAAAGAUGCAUAUGUUUCAAACAAGGGAUUCUAGUGAACACAGGAUGUUUACAGUGAGUGUCAAUGCCUCACACUUCCUAACCUCACUUUUUUUAAAGAUUGUCUCUCCAAUAUAUUUUUAUUGGCCCUCUAGUGAUUUUUUUUGUAACUAAACUCAUUUUGCUACAAAAUACUUUCAUUAAAGGUAUUAACAAAUAUUUUUAGGUAAACAUGUUUUAGGUUGGUUUUUUUUACCCGAAGUAUUCAGCUUUAGUGAAACAAUAGUGAAGUAUUCUCCACAAAAAGAAAUUAUAUGAAAUAAUAGACCUGUCUGUCAGCAUGUCCCAGAGCAGUGAAGUGGAAAUGACAGUUCUACGUUUAGUGAUAUAGCAAGAUGAAAAGUUUAUUAGAUAACAACAGAAUCAUGUCAUGUAUUUCAAGGGUAAGAAAGACAUCAUUACAGUCUUUGUCCUUUUCUUGAGAAUUGGAAGUAGAAUUGAAACAGGGCGAUGUAAUAACAGCAAAUAGUAGAGAACAAUUGGAAAAUAUGUAAGCAUACACUGCCCUUGAGGGUAAACCAUACUAUAACUAACUUGCAGCUUCACUAUAGUAGUGGUUUUAUUCCUGUUGGUGGAGAUGUCUCUAAUAAAGAAAUCUCCAGAGCUGUAUAAUCUGUUAACUUUAUAGAUUUGUAAUUUGACAGAGUCUACAGUGCCUGAGGCUUACUGGACUCAGAGCCACUUCAAAAAUACUUCCUAACCACAGCAGAGCUUAAACAGAUUAAAAACUUUGCAUCAGUUCGACCUUGGUGGGUUUUUUUCUUAGGGUGUAUAACUAAUGCCUGAUAAUUUUGGACAGUAUUUUAUAGUUAGACAAUUUAAAAAAUGCUCCAAAGAAAUGUGAAAAGACCUUUUUUUUUUUUUGCUGCAGCACUUAAAAAUAAACAAUACAUUUUCAAGCAUGUUUGAACCAUUUUGUAGGUUGCUUGAUGGAUUUAGCCUUUUAUCUUUUGUAAUGCAUAUUUAUUUCAGUUAUCUUUGUGAAAUAUUGAAGAUCAUACACUAUAGCAUAGAAUUUGUCUUUGUAUGUAACUUACAAAAAAGUUUUCCUUAUGCAGCAAAUAAACUAUUUCCAGUUUUUUUUA